CCUCGUUGGCUUACAUAAUCCGGUCACGUGCUGAAUUCAGGGGCGUCGACGACGUCAGUACUGGGAACCUUAGUCGGGUCUCGGGCGCAACCAGGAACCGGCCAGAGCACUGCGCAAGAUGCAGGCGUCUGAGUACUGCGUCUCGAUCUAUGGCGCCCUUUCGGGCUCGCGAAUACGCGAGGUCGAGAUCCUCAAGGCGAUCCCCCCAGAGAUCCAGGCCCUUAUCGACGCGGGGGACGACAUGGACGGCUUCUAUAUCAAGAAGUACUAUCCUCUGAUUGUUGUGCCGCAGGAGCAAAUUGUUGGAAUUCCGCAGGCGGUGCUGAUAACUGCGUUUGCAUACGCGAGAACCGUCUUUUACGAUCUGAUCAAGUUGGACAAAUGGACAGAUGAGCAGGCUCUCGAACUCUGUCGAACAUCUCUGGUGCUGAUCCUCGUCGGAAGCGAGAACGUCUCGGCGACCAAUGCGAGAAAACGCUUGAUAGAGGGGAAGUACAAAGCGACGUCGCUUGCACAAGAGUACCACCUCGUCAACAUCUUACUGAGCUCUCGUCUCAAACACCACAACAAAUCGCCGACGCUGUGGAGCUACCAUGAGCAUGUCCUGACAAAACGGAUACUGCAGUCCCACAGCGACGUAGCAGAUCGAGAUCGCGUCCGAUUUAUUGAGGAUCUGUGCAAGUCGGAGCUGAACAUCGUAUUUGUCUCUGCCGACUACCAUUUCAUGAACUACUACGCGUGGAAUCACGCUCGUUGGAUCUUGAGCGACAUGUACUAUCCGCUCAUGUACUCGCCCUCUGCGCGAUACUACUCAAUCGUCUUCAUCAAAACUUUUCUCGACUCCAUGGUUCGCAAAGUCCAGAAAUGGUGCGUCGCCCACUCAGGCGACUCUUCAGGCUGGUCGUUUUUCCGAUACAUCUUGCUCUUCUACAUCACAAACACUUUCCGCGAAGGCUCGUCGAGCUUGCCCACCGCAGCCAGCCAGAUCGACAACCCGCUCCUGCUCGAGUGUGUUUCUCAAACAAUCAAGUUUGCGACAACUGUUAGUCUUGCGCAUGAAUCAAUCUGGACGUUUCUGCGCAGCGUAUUAAGUGAUGCGCGGUACGUCAGUGAGCGGACCAAAAACUCGUACGUCGAGUUUAUCAAGACGUACGUCAAAAGUCGGCAGUUGGACAAAUACACGGUCCCGGAGUCGACUUCGAAAAAUGACGAGGUAGUUAAAGAGCAGACGCAGGUGUUGACAGAGUACCGUGAUCGCGAGGUUUGUGUGAUUGAAGGUGCGCUGGAGUGGAUCUCGGUGGUAAGGCAUCUCAGAGAAAAGCAACCAUCUGCAUAGGUGGGGUCCAAUGUAUUUAUGUGUCGACUGGUGUGGGUUAUGGAGUCUUCCGGUAAAUAAUAUUCUGAAAUAGCAA